UCAUGACCUGAGCCGAAGGCAGCGGCUUAACCCACUGAGCCACCCAGGCGCCCCUACCUUGUAAUUUUUAUAUAAAGUGGACUCAAGGAGCAAGAACUAUCUGUGAAAGGACGUAAGUAGGAAAUUCAGAGAAGAAAUUCAAAUGGAUAAAACCAUGAAAAACAAUGUGUUUCAUUAGUAAUUAAAGAAAGACAAAUAUAGUCGAAAGCAUUUUUCCCUCAGCAAACUAUAUUUAAAAAAAAAAAAAAGAAGAACCAGCAUUGGCAAAGAAAUAAGAAAAUAACACUCCUAUACAUUGUAUGUAGCGGGGGCCAAUUGGUACAGCCUUCCUGAAUGUCAGGUUGGUGAUAGGUCUCAAAUACUCUAAAAGUUUCCAUCGCCUUAGACCUAGUAAUUCUAUAUUUGGGAAUUUAUCCUAAGAAAAUAAUUAAAGAUUUAGUCACAAGAUGCUCAUCCGAGUAUUGCAGUAGAGAAAAUGAGAAGCAACUGUCUGAUUGGGAAUUCAUUUCUUUUCUGCUGUAAUAAAAAUUUGCAAUGGGGGAUUCCUUAAGUAAAUCAUUGUAUAUCCAUCCAGAUGGUGGAGUACUGCACAGCCAUUAAAAGUCAUGUAGAAGAACAUUUGGAAAGAAAAAUGCUCUUUGAAUAUUAAAAAUUUAUAAAAAUAGUAUUAUGUGAUCUCAAUUUUGUUUUUUAAAAGAUGGGUAUAUUCUUGUAUACAUAAAACAUGAAAAACAAAAUGUUAAUAGUAGUGGUUAUCUUUGAACAGUGGAACAAAGUCAUUGUAAUUUUCCUCUGGCUUUUCUGUAACUUUAAAAUAUUCUAUAUUGAGUAUGAUUUUCAUACAAUAAAAUUUAAAAGAAUCAGUGUAAUUUUUUUAAAAAAGCUUGGAGAGGUGGGUGGGGAGGAAUUAAGGGGUGCCCCUGGCCCUUUGGACAUAAUGGGGUUUUGGUGGAGAAAGAGGGUUGUGAGAAUGUGGAGAACUUCAUUCUCCAGGAGUAGCUGCAAUCUACCCUCUCCAGGUAGGGGAAACAGCUCUCUGAAUUGCUGGCUCUCAGCCAGCUAAAGAGGUGUGGAGUGGAGUAAGGAAAACAGUGAAAACCUGUCACUCUCCAGGAGAUGGAAGAUGGGGGAAGGGGGGGAGGGUAGAUUUUCCUCUCCAGGCAGAAAGGUUCUGGAAUCCUAUCAGUCUUUGUUAUUCUCUGAUUCUGCCCCAACCUUGAGGUGACCCUGCGUGACCUCUCCUUGGCGCCUCAAAUUGGAAGAGAGAAUUCCAUUCACCUACCAAGCCCUGGGGGAGCGGGGGGGGGGGGGGGGUUGCUUUUCAAGACUUCGGUGCUGAGUGGUUUCCUUUCGCCUCCCCUUCCUAAUAGCAAGUUUCCUCUGUAGAGCCCCCAAAAGUGGUUGGGGGGAGGAGUUCCAGUGGGUCGCUUCUCCAAAAUGGGAGUUCUUGUUCCGUUCGAACGUACUGUGUAAGGAAAUGGGACUGUUGGAAUCAUUGGGUUGUUAAGAUGUGCUAAAGGUCUGGAAACCUAGGGAGGUGGAAAAGGUGGCUUCGAGGAAGUGAGGUGCCCCCACAUUUGAGAAGGGGGUUGGUGCGGAGCAGGGCGGUGGCGAUGUUUAAGCAUUGGGAGUGGGUGUGCGCAGGCCUCUACCUUAAGGUCGGUGAGGAUCCCGUGGGAAGAAGGACCAGCAGGUGAGAGGUUAGCGUGGGGAGAGGAGGUGAAAGAUAACGGGGCGGGGCCUGUGGGAGUGUCAGGUGAGAUUAGCGACCUAUUUCUGGAGCUCGGAGGGGUUUGGGACACAGGGCAUUGGGGGAAGAUCUCUAUCGACAUGAUGGGAGUCCCACGGAGCUCUCGGGCCAGGCUUGGCAGCCGGGAGCCCCCAACCCUCCAUCCCCCGCUAGGGCUGGACGCAAUCGGUGACUGUGGCUCCGGGGCGUGGCCCCACGGCUGCUCCAAUCGCCACCUAGCCGAAUGAUGGGGGCGUGGUCAAGCCCUGGAAAAGUUACAGCGGAUUCCAAAGCCGCGGUGGGCUGGGGAGGCCAAAGACCCAUUCUUGUCCGGAAACCAUCUCACAGUCUCCGCAGCUGGCUUUGGAGGAGUCCCGCCUGAGAGUGCGGGGGUCCAAGGGACUGAACCGGACCUAGCCCGCCCGCCAGGCCAUGGCGUCCUGGGGGCUCCUUGUGACCGGCGCCUCCUUCGCCGUCUUCCGGGGGCUACAUUGGACGCUGCAGCUGCUGCCCACGCCAGGAUCUGCUGCCCAGGACAGUUGGAAGUGGCGGAACAUCUGUGUCUCCCUGGUGCACAGCCUGCUCACAGGGGUCUGGGCGCUGCUUGGGUUGUCGCUGUACCCUCAGAUGGCUGCUGACCCCAUUAACGGCCACCCAUCCUGGGCCCUGGUGCUGGUGGCUGUGUCCGUGGGUUAUUUCUUGGCUGAUGGAGUUGACAUGCUGUUGAAUCAGACCUUGGGCCAGGCCUGGGAACUUCUCUGUCAUCAUUCAGUGGUUGUGAGCUGCCUCAGCACUGCCAUUCUGUCCAACCAGUACGUGGGCCUCUGUGUGGUGUCUCUGCUCCUGGAGCUGAACUCUGUCUGCCUGCACCUACGGAAACUGCUGCUGCUUUCUCACCAGGCCCCAUCCCUGGCCUUCAGCGUGGCCAGCUGGGCCACCCUGGCCACCCUGGCCCUCUUCCGCCUAGUGCCUCUGGGCUGGAUGAGUCUGUGGCUAAUCCGGCAGCAACACCAGGUUCCUCCCCAUCUGGUCAUCCUUAGUGGAACUGGGCUGGUCACUGUGGGUGCCAUAAGCAUCACACUAGGCAUACGUAUUUUGGUCAAUGAUGUCCUGCGGGCUCGGCCCCGCCCACGCAUCCUGGGGCACAAGGAAACUGGGGGUACAAGGAGAUGUCGUGAUGAUGAGCUUGUUGCCAGGGACGAUGCCACUCUCCUCCUGAAAGACUAGAGAGAGGCCUCAGGCUCCUCUUCUGCCAGGCCUGGGGCAGGUAGGGCCAGGACAGGGAGAUCGUGGUCUACAGUGUCCAGUCCACUGUGGGGUAAGGACUGGGCUGAAUUUUCAGUAUCUCAGUCCCUCUUCCAAGUAACUCACACCCCUCCCCCAUUCCUAGGAUCUGAGAAGAAAUGCUGAUGUUCAUGGAUGGUGGGAAACUGGGCUAUUGUUCAGUGAAUUCCAUCAUCAAAUGACUGCUUCUUCCAGCAAACUUCCUGGAGGUACAGCCAGUGCUGCCAAUAAGGGGAAGAAGGAGGCAUGAAGCUAAGUGAAACUGCCAAUGACAUCCUCCGCUUUUAGCACAGGAACAGGUGAAGGAAGGCAAGGUCUUUUUUUUUUUUUUUUUUAAGAAUUUUAUUUAUUUACUUGGCACAAAGAGAGAGAGCACAAGCAGGGG